AUGAAAUUAAACUUCAACAAAAUAUUUCUCUUGUUUUUAAUAAAAUUAUUGUUUCAAGUCAAAGCUAUAGAAUAUAAACUUCGUGAAGCCAAACCACACAAACAUCGUUGUGCUUAUCAAUAUAAAAACGAGAAUAACGAGGAAGAAGGAAAAUGGAUAUUAAAACCAUCAGCUACAGCCUGUCCAAAUGAAUUAGAUAUUGUUUGGCCAGAAGAACAAACAAAUAAUUUAUUAUUAAUUGGAGAAAGUACUCAUGAUAAUAAACAAAAUAAAAAAGGAAGAAAAAGGAAAAGAGAAGAAGAAACCCAACAACAACAAACUUUAUGCCAAAUAAUUUUUGGUAAAAAAGAAGGGGAAGAACAAAGGUUGAGAUCGGAAGCUUGUGAUAAUGAAUCACAUUCUGAAAAUCAUCGAGACAAAUAUCAACUUAAACAACAUUCAUUCAGUUGUUACACAAUUAAAAAUAUCCAAAACAAAUGUCAAAAGACGAGUGUUUGGUACCCAACAUUAUCAGAACAUUGCCAAUCAACUUGUGGACUUUGUGAAUUGGAAAGGAAGAAGAUAGAAGAAAAUCGGAGGAGAGAAGAAAGUUGGGAUGAUAAUGAUGUUUCUAUGGAGAAGAAUAGAAAAAAUAAAAUGAAAAUUCCAAGAAGUAUUUUUAAAGUUUAUUUUUUUUGCGGACAAAUAUUUGCGGACAAACAGGGAUUUGGAAAUGUUCCUAACAAAUUUCCGCAUCUCGUUCUGGGAAAAGAAUCGUCUCAAAAUAAUAUAAGUAAUCAUAAAAAAUUAAUCAAAACAGGUAAAGAAUGUCGAAAUCGUCGUGGUGACACCUACUGUCUGAAAAAAGUCCUGACAAAAGGAAAUGCUUGCAGAAAUAAGCCGUGGAUCCUUGAUCGAUGUCAAGAAGCAUGUGGAGUAUGUCUUCCAUGGAAAUAUAAAUGCAGAAAUAAAGAGAACUAUAAUCGAAGGUUUGAUUUAAAAUUAUUUUUAAAAAUAAAGUUUAUUUUAUCCAAAAGAUGCAAACGCUGGAAUCACAACGAUUUUUGCUUAAAAACAAAAUUUUCGUUGGCAAUAAAGCUUCAUUAUUGUGCAGAAGAAUGUGAAUUUUGUGAUAGAAAAGAUGAUAUAGAGGAGGAUUACGAGGACGAUGAAGAUGUUAUGGAAAGAGGAAAGCAAAAAUGGCUUGUAUAA